AUGGCUCUUGUGGCAUCUCCUUCCCUGCCGUCAACGGAUGUGGUAAUGGGUGAUUCUCCAGAUGACGAGAUUGCCCGAGUAAGAGCUGAAAUCGAAAAACUCACUCAACAGCGCAAGGUCCUGACGUCCUCUCUUCUUGCGUCAACGAAAGCCCAGUCGCGUCUUUCUGACGCACCUUCAAAGCACGACAGCCCCCUCCAAUUGGAAAACCUACAACUGCAUUCCCAAACGAACGCCCAUAGACUCGCCUUUGGAGUGACCUCUUUCCCUUUCCACGACCCCUCACCCGACCUCCGGUCCAAGAACCCACUACUUGGAAUAAGGAUUGAUGUCUGCAAUCGCAAAGGCAUCUUCGAUAGCCCAUACUAUAUGUUUUGCAUUCGGGCUCGAGACAGUGGGGACGAGUUACGGAUCCAUCGGCAUACGAUCCCCGCGUUGGUGCCGCUGGAGCAGUAUGAGAAGCAGUAUCUUCCUACCUCAUCUUUAGAUAUCGAAGGGUACGGCGGUUCAGACGACUCAGGGCUCGACGUCAACGAACGAGGAAGGGCAACGAAACAGGAUCUUCACGGACUCGUCUCUCGAGUCAGAUAUGAUCUUGUAUGCUGGCGCCUAAGGCAGGAAGCGACAGAAUGGCUUCGGGAAGAGUUGGAAAUUCCAGAGUCGUUCGACCAACCUCUGCGCUUUGCCAAAGAUCCAGCAGAAGAGACCAGGGAAACCGACAACAAAGACGGCGACGCCGAAAUACGCCCUGCCAAAAACAAUGCCAACGGUCGAGGCGAUGAUGAUGACCCGGAACGUGCACCCGAGGAAGAUGACGAUGAAGAGGAAGAAAUUGCCGGAAAGUUCAACGUGCACUCUCUCAUCAGCCUGGAGGUCGACGCACGUCAACUCCGCAUCGUCUGGACUGACGAUCGUGUGGGCCGGAUCAAAAUCUCUGACGAUGGGAAGGUGCAGAAGGCGGUUGUAAUCGGGUUAGAUGGCAACAGAGUCAAGAAUGUGGAGAGGAUCCUGAUGGGUGACGGCGAGGGGAGCGUCAGCCUCUAUGAUUUGAUGGGUCGCUUGGAGGAGGUUUAUAAGAGAUCCCGGGAAGUCGAAGACCGAGAGGGUUGA